GUGUCUUGCUGUUGUUAGUGCUGUUGUUUGUCAGGUUGUUUGUAAAACGAACCGUUACCUGCGUAACCAGCGUAACCAGAUCAGUGGAUAUAACUUAUAACCAUCACAGUAUUUAUAAGUGGUAUUUAUAUCAUAACGUGAUAUGAUAACGAGUUUGUGUGUAUAUUGACUGACGAAAAAACGUUUAGGCUUUCUCUGUCUUGAUAAUAAUCAUAGUUACGUAUCAUUAAAUCUGAUUAAGAUGCUCAACAAAUCUGGGAUACUGGUUCGGCAUUUGCUCACAACGUUGCAUCGCCGUGGAAUAUUCUUAAAUCAUCGCUCGCUGGCCUCUAAUCAUGGAUUUUUUAGGUCACCACCUCCAGCAAAAUAUGGUGGUUGGCAAACUGUUACACUUAUCCCAGGUGAUGGAAUAGGACCUGAGCUUGCAAACACAGUCCAAGAUUUAUUCAAACAUGUUGGUGUUCCAGUUAAUUUUGAAGUCCUGGAAUUAAGUGGCUUAGUUGAUGGUCAGCAGAUGACAGAUAAAUUGGAAGAUGUUCUAAUUUCCAUUCAACGAAAUGGCGUUGCCCUUAAAGGAAAUCUCCACACUCCUAUUGAAGAUCCUAGCUUUAAAUCUCUGAACGUAGAACUGCGAGUAAAACUAGACUUGUACGCCAAUGUUGUUAAAUGCAAGUCAUUUGAAAAUAUCAGGACACGACAUGAAAAUGUUGACCUGAUAAUGAUUCGUGAAAACACAGAAGGUGAAUAUAGUCAUUUGGAGCAUGAGAAUGUGUCGGGGGUGGUUGAAUGCCUCAAAAUAAUGACCGAAGAUAAAUGCACAAAAAUCGCCAAGUUUGCGUUCGAAUACGCGAGGAAAAACAACCGGAAGAAGGUUACCGCAAUUCACAAAGCCAACAUUAUGAAACUUGGUGAUGGUCUUUUUCUUGGUUGUUGCGAGGAAGUAGCAAAUAAUUAUCCUGACAUUGAAUACAAUUCCAUGAUUAUUGAUAAUUGCUGUAUGCAACUUGUAGCACAUCCAGAACAAUUUGAUGUAAUGGUGAUGCCCAAUUUAUAUGGUAAUAUCAUCAGUAAUAUAGCGACAUCUUUGGUUGGUGGACCGGGUAUGGUACCUGGCGAGAAUAUUGGAGAAAACUAUUCUUUAUUUGAAUCUGGAACUCGAAACACAGGCGCAGAUUUGGUUGGAAAAAAUAUCUCAAACCCAUUUGGUUUUUUGUUUGCAAGUACUCUAAUGUUGAAGCACAUUGGUUUUGAGUCCCACGCAGCUCUUAUCAACAACGCCAUUUACAGAGUUAUUUCUCAAGGACAGUAUCUUACCCCUGACAUUGGAGGCACGUGUUAUACAACUGAUUGUUUGAAAGCAUUGAGAGACGAAAUUGACAGAGAAUUGUCUUCAGAUAUGAUGACACAUGGCUGAGGCUGUAAAAGCAUAUGAACUUGGAUAUAUAUGGACAAUAAUAUAAACUUGUUUUUCGUUGUACAUUUCUUAAUCAUAUUCUUUAUAGUUUAUUAAAGAACACUUAUAACGCAAUUGUUAUGUGCGAUAUGUAAAAUAUUUCGUAACUAAGUGAUCGCUCUCCUUAACAGUCAAAAAAUUAGACUUUAUUACCACGUGAAUUCUUUGUACGAUUUCUAGUUGCUGUUAAUUACAUAUAUUUAUUCUA